AUGGCUCCAAAACCUCGUGCCAGACCAGCUCACGCUCCUGGACCAACUUAUCUAGCAUACACACCAAACGGCAACAAGUUGAUCACAGUCGGGUUGAACAAUGUCAUUCGCAUCUUUACUACAGGAUCUGAUGCUGAGCCUGUCAAUAUCGAUGUAGUUCAAGACUCCCAUACAGCGGUAGCUGCAACCAACGACUUCUUCUUGACUGGUUCGGAGGACGGUAGCGUGUGCAAAUACUCCUUAUUCACACACUCUCUGGAGGAAGUUCUGGUCCGAAGCACGCUACCCAUCAGAGAUAUUUCUAUUUCACCGGAUGGAUUGUGGGCUGCAGUUGCCUCGGAUGAACUGGUGGUCAAGAUUGUAAACACAUAUGACAUGACGCGGGUCAUGUACCUCAGAGAUCAAACAAGACCUGUGAAACACGUCUCGUUCGACCACAGUGGCUCUACUUUGGCUGUCUCAUGCUCUGAUGGAAUGGUAUACGUCUACUCACUGAGUUCGGAAGAGCCAAAACUUGUCAAACGACUUGACGGUCUGAUCAAGAUCAUGGAGACAGACUCGCACGCCAGCUCAAAGAUCACAUGGCAUCCUGACGGAACAGCACUGUGUGCACCCACCCCCACCAAGACGAUACAAGUCGUCUCAAAGAGCGACUGGUCAAACCAAAAGGCUUUCAAGAUUGACGGACGAGGAGACAUCACUGCUGAAUCUUGGUCGCCAAACGGCGCACUACUUGCUACAGCUAGCGAGGAUCUCAGCAUCAUUCUAUGGAAUACAAAGACUUUGCAGCCUGUGGUCAAAUUCGACAGCGAUCGUGAACCAGUGCUGGCUCUUGCCUGGCAUCCCACCGAUAACCUCCUAUCGUACACCACCAACGACGGAGAGCUGUAUAUGCACGCCGGGAUCAUACCGCAAGAGCAAGAAUCUCUGCUGCAAAAGACACUGGUACCUGCGCCAUUCCUGAGCGAGUCUGCUCCUGAAGGUGUAACGAGAACGCUGGUGAAUGGUGGCGCCAGACCUGGAGCUCAGCGUAGAGCAGGAACCCCCGACUCACUCGAUGACAUUUUAGGAGACGAUGGAUUGUCUGAAAAUGGAGAUGCCUUCAUUGUAGACGACGAUGGCGCAGGAUAUGUCGAGGAAGUCAAUGGCAACGGCAAGCGACCUGGAGAUCAGCUCGCAUAUCCGCCAUCGAAGCGACCUCAACAGCACGGCAGUGCUAGGUGGCAACCUCGUCUACACGACCCUUUCCAGCCGGGUAGUACCCCUUGGAGAGGCAAUCGCCGUUACUUGUGCCUAAACCUGACCGGUUUCAUCUGGACCGUCGAUCAAGAUACCCAUCAUACCGUAACUGUGGAGUUCUACGAUCGUGCUGCACACCGCGACUUCCACUUUACUGACCCUUUUCUUUACGACAAGGCCUGUCUCGGUGAGCACGGUGCAGCCUUCUCGUGCCCAACCUCAGACCAACAUCCCAGUCUCGUCUACUUCCGCCCUCACGAGACAUGGACAUCGAGAACAGACUGGCGAACACAACUGCCUGCAGGGGAGGAAGUCACGUCUUUGAGUCUCAGCACCAGCUUUGUGGUCGUCACGACUUCGAAAGGAUAUGUCAGAGUCUACACACUGUACGGUUUGCCUUUCAGAGUGUACAGACAAAAGAGCACUCCAGCUGUGGCAUGUGCCUCCUGGCGCGACUACGUGCUAACAGUCUGCAACGGCCCAAUUGGCGGUGACGGUACAGCUAAACUCGUCUACACAAUCGAGAAUGUAAAAAGAGACGAAGUCUGCCAGUCCGAAGACAUCAUCCCUCUCGCCGAGCAAUCAGAACUGCAAUCAGUCUUCUGGUCUGACAGAGGCGACCCCUGCAUCUACGAUUCAGAAGGUGUAUUGCUAGUAUGUCUGCACUGGCGAACACCCGGCCAAGCAAAAUGGGUGCCCCUACUCGACACCAAUCAACUCGACCGUCUAGCCUCUGGACGCAAGGAAGAAGCCUACUGGCCAGUCGCAGUAGCCAUGGACAAAUUCCACUGCAUCAUUCUCAAAGGAGGCGAAAAGUAUCCCUACUUCCCUCGCCCACUGCUCUCGGACUUUGAGUUCAAGAUCCCGGUCACUGCUCGCGACGAGGAGAAUCAGGACGAGAAUGAAGAGAGCGAUGUCCAGAAGUUGGAGGAGCAGUACGUGCGCAACUCGGUAUUGUUGAGCCUGCAGGAUGACUUGGUCAACAACACGCAUGCUACACACGCGCAGAAGACGGAAGCUGCACAGCGUGAACUUGAUGUUGACAAGGUGCUGUUGCAGUUGCUGGCUGCCGAGUGCAGAGAGGGUGAAGAGAGAGGUAUGAGGGCGCUAGAGAUGGUCAGUCUGAUGAGAGAUAGAUCGGGCAAGAUGCUAGAGGCGGCCGUCAAGAUUGCAGCGAGAUUCGAGCGGGACGUCUUGGGUGAGAAGAUUUCGGCGCUUGCAGAACGAAGAUUGGUUGGUCUGGCUGAUGAAGAGGAGGAACUUUAA